AUGGCACAAGGUGAUGAUAUCUUCUGUGAAUGCAGGUUUGAACGGAAGGUGCGAAAACGGGCCAGAAAACUGAACGCCAGCCUGAGGAAGUGUUUCGGACGACAGUCCAAGGUUGCAGGCUCCGAUGAACCCAGUGUGCCUGCUGCAGAAAAGAACGAAGACGCCCUCUCAGUUCAGAGCGUUUCUGGCUCCGAGAUAUCAGACGUCUCUACGCUUAGGCUGACAGAUAGUACUAGUAGCUCGUCGACGUCGUCCGUUGAGUCCACCACGGAUCUUCCCGUUUCCCUGCCCAAAUUCGAGAUCGACCCGGUUCCACGGGAUGGGAACUGCUUCUUUGAGGCAGUCGCCCGACAGCUCGGUAGAGGAGACCCCAGUAUCGCCAUCACCGCCCAGCAGUUACGUGAAGACCUAGUGCGGUAUAUCAGGGCACACUCGGAGAUGUUUGCCAAAGCUGUCCCGGGCGGUUUCUGGGAGUUCAUACACGAGCUCAAUAACAUGUCGCGGCGGGGCCACUGGAACUCCGACGUGGCAGACAUCUUGCCGAUCGCUUUGAAGGAUUACACCUCGAGAAUGGUUGUCCUGAUCACCUGGAAUCGGGAAAUGCCGUACAUAGUCCUGCGGCCACAGGGCGAGGAGGCAGGCACUCCCCUGUACUUGGCGUACUACAACAGCCCGGAGUGCAAGCAUUAUGAUGCCGUCAAGUUCGUGGGAGCCGUCCAACACGAGCGGGGUCCAAGAAACUCCACCAUCAGGAAACAGUUGGCGCAGUACAUGAAGGACACCUCGCGAUGUGUCCCCCCUGAUCAGACCUCUGCAGACAGACUGCAGACAUUCCUGCAGCAGGUGCAGAUGCUGCAGGAAACCCUGCACAAGUUCCACCAGCUGCAGGUGGAUGCCGUGGAGUACGCCUGUCUGAAGGGGAUCGUGCUGUUCAAGACUGACGUGCAGUCCCUGAGAGAUCCCGGUACAGUGGCAGUCCUACAGGACCAGACCCAUGGCCAGCUCAGCUUCAGCCACCACAUCGAGAUGCACAAACCUGGACAACCUUUCCGCUUCGGCAAACUACUGCUCCUUCUGUCUAGCCUGCGGGAGGACAACGGCUUGCAGAUCAACCCGCACAGGGACUUCUAUCAGCGCAAAGUGUUCUACACCGACGGUACAUCCGACAGGGCCCCGGGUAACACGCUACCAGGAGGAUCAACGCAAGUACGAGACCUGUGGUAUCGUAUAGGCAGGAAGGCGUAG